AUGGAAAGGCCUCAAAAGUUGGGUCCUUCAGAAGUCCAUGCUCAAGCUUGUGAGAAGAUGGUCGAGGAAAAUACGACUUUUGAGAAGAAAGCGUUUGACUCUACUGCUCAUGCUAAGAAGUUCUCCAAGCCUUUGUUAGGAGGGAUGGAUCGGGUAGUUAGUGGUUAUAACUUGGUCGGGCAUGAAGCUUUUCAUGGAGAGGCAAGCAAGAAAUUCCCCGAUGUUGAUUUCAGCUUGAUCCAACUAAUUCCUGAUCCCGAGGAAAAUAAGGAUGAGUACUUUCCCAUCUCGUCAAAGGGGCUUCGUUGGGGAGUAAUUUCUUGGAGAUCGUUCCUUGGUCAGUCUCCUCGAGUCUCUUAUCUUCUUGACGUUGGCAUUCGGUUGAUGGAGAAGGCAAGGACCUUGGUUGGUCUCCUCGAAUCUCUCUAUCCUCUUGAGGUCAGUAUCCAGGAGAAGGAGAAAAUGAGGACCUUGGUCGGUCCCCUCGAGUCUCUCUAUCCUCUAGAGGUCAGUCCUUGGGGGGUAGAGAAAGCGAGGACCUUGGUCGGUCCUCUCGAGUCUUUCUAUCCUCUUGAGGUUAGUAUUCGGGAGAAGGAAAAAGCGAGAACCUUGGUCCUUGAAUCUCUCUAUCCUCUUGAGGUCGAUCCUUGGGAGGCAGAGAAAGUCAGGACCUUGGUUGGUCUCCUUGAGUCUCUAUGUCUUCAAGAGGCAGAGAAAACGAGAACCUUGUCAGUCUCCUUGAAUCUCUCUAUCCUCUUAAAAAUCUCAUCGUGUAAAUAA